UUUUGUGCCUUUUUCUCUAGCAUACAGUUUAUGCAUUAUUACAAAUAAAUUAUAUACAAGAUGAAUCUAAAGAGCUAUUACAAAAUUUAUUUAGGUAUAUGAUUGUCCAAGAUUUAUUUUCACAGAAUUGUGAUAGAACGAUAAUCGGUUAAUAAUAUAUGUAGAUCGCGUGCGUUUCUUCGGCUAAAUGACAUAAAUAAUCGAGCAAGGACGAUAACAAUGGAUUGAUAGGAAACAUUCACGAAAGCAUGCGAGCCAUUUAAUGGCUUUUCCGUUAGUAAUCAGAGAUGCAGCGUGUAGUAGUGAGUAAAGAAUAAGAAUUGUCAUGUAGUUAUUCUUCCUUAUUAUCCCUUUCUCUGACUUUCUUAUCGAUUAUUUCUUAAUAUUGCGGGUAGGGAGACAGCGCAAAAAGUAUGGAUGGAAAAGUUUUGUUGUAAGUUAAGAAUUUAAGACGAUAGAAGCAACCAUACCCGAUUGGAACGAUGGCUCUUGUACAUUGUGUAGCGAUUCACCGAUGUUUGAAAUCUGAUCUGUGUUAAAUUAAUUAAAAACGAAAAGAAAUUGAAUAAUUAUUAUUAAUCGAAUAUUUUUUCGUAAUUCUCAACUAUGUAUAAGUGACAUCACAACGAUAUGGUUCAUCAUCCAAAAGGACAGCCAGUAGUACGGCGAGAAUCUCUUGUACGAAACACAGUUUUAGUAAAUGAAGCAACCAUUCAUAUGAAAAAUGGAAGUUACGAUAAGGCCAUAUUUUUGUACAAUCAAGCACUGGAAUUAAAUCCAAACGACAAGAACGCUUUGAUAGCGCGGAGCAAAUGUUAUCUUUUACUGGGUGAUCCGCAAAAGGCCUUGGACGACGCUGAAGCGGCUUUAAGACUGAAUCCUAAGGAUUCUAGCAAGUCCAAAGCGGUAUACUGUAAGGCGGAAGCUCUCUAUCAUCUCGGCGACUUCGAAAUGAGUUUGGUAUAUUAUUACCGUGGGAUGAGGAUUCGUCCGGAAUUCGGCGAAUUUCGUCUUGGUGUCCAAAAAGCGAAAAAUGCGAUACAGAAUGUGUUACGUAAGAAUUAACAACAGUCGUUAUAUUUCUAACAUAUUGAUCUUUAAUUA